AGUCAGGAACACUCCUUCCCCCAAUCUGACCCCACCCGCCUCCCGUCCCACUUUCUCACCCCUCAUUGCCCACCAGCCCUGUCAAUCCACCCAACCCCCCCCUACCUCCACCCUGCAUGUCACUCCUCACUGCAUUUCACAUCUCACCCAACCCCCCCCUACCUCCACCCUGCAUGUCACUCCUCACUGCAUUUCACAUCUCACCCAACCCACCCCUACCUCCACCCUGCAUGUCACUCCUCACUGCAUUUCACAUCUCACCCAACCCCCCCCUACCUCCACCCUGCAUGUCACUCCUCACUGCAUUUCACAUCUCACCCAACCCACCCCUACCUCCACCCUGCAUGUCACUCCUCACUGCAUUUCACAUCUCACCCAACCCCCCCCUACCUCCACCCUGCAUGUCACUCCUCACUGCAUUUCACAUCUCACCCAACCCACCCCUACCUCCACCCUGCAUGUCACUCCUCACUGCAUUUCACAUCUCACCCAACCCACCCCUACCUCCACCCUGCAUGUCACUCCUCACUGCAUUUCACAUCUCACCCAACCCCCCCCUACCUCCACCCUGCAUGUCACUCCUCACUGCAUUUCACAUCUCACCCAACCCACCCCUACCUCCACCCUGCAUGUCACUCCUCACUGCAUUUCACAUCUCACCCAACCCACCCCUACCUCCACCCUGCAUGUCACUCCUCACUGCAUUUCACAUCUCACCCAACCCACCCCUACCUCCACCCUGCAUGUCACUCCUCACUGCAUUUCACAUCUCACCCAACCCACCCCUACCUCCACCCUGCAUGUCACUCCUCACUGCAUUUCACAUCUCACCCAACCCACCCCUACCUCCACCCUGCAUGUCACUCCUCACUGCAUUUCACAUCUCACCCAACCCACCCCUACCUCCACCCUGCAUGUCACUCCUCACUGCAUUUCACAUCUCACCCAACCCACCCCUACCUCCACCCUGCAUGUCACUCCUCACUGCAUUUCACAUCUCACCCAACCCACCCCUACCUCCACCCUGCAUGUCACUCCUCACUGCAUUUCACAUCUCACCCAACCCCCCUCACUCCUCCCAUUCUGUUACUGCCCCCAUCCACCUCCAUACAACAACUCUGUCCCACACUGCCUCUUACAUCCUACUGCCUAUACACCCCCACACUGCCUCUCCAAUACCCUCCCUACUCCCACUGCUCUCACCCCCACACUCCCGAUGGUUCUCAGAUGGAGCAUCUCCACAGGUCAGUUAAUGCCAUCCCUGCGACCUGCUGCCCUUAUUAGCUGAGGGGUUCAGCUGAAAUCAACAAUGCAGGCAGCUUUCAAUGCCCUUUCCUGUGGGCUCCUCUUACUUUCUCUCCAGUCCCUGUCCUAAACCCCCUCCUACAAAUGGGGCUUUCCAUCCCUAGCCUACCCCCUGUCUUAAACCCUUCCUAUCCAUGGUCUUGUCAUCCCCUCUCACCCCUCUCUCCUACCCAAGGGUCUUGCCUUCCUGACAACCCCUCCCCGCCUAUUAAAGUGUCCUGUUCCUCCCCCCCCACCACCUCUGCAGGCAGCCUGUCCUCCCCGCACUCCCCUGUGUCAUACAGAUAGGAACUAUUUCUAUUGCUGUGAGUGAGCAACUUCCACUGAUGAGAGGGUGUGAGUGAGGGGAGGUGUUGAGGACCUGUUCCCAGCCCCUGAUGAGAGGGUGUGAGUGAGGGGAGGCACUGGGGGCUUGUUCCCAGCCCCUGAUGAGAGGGUGUGAGUGAGGGGAGGCACUGGGGGCUUGUUCCCAUCCCCUGAUGAGAGGGUGUGAAUGAGCGGAGGCAUUGGGGACUUGUUCCCAACCCCUGAUGAGAGGGUGUGAGUGAGCGGAGGCAUUGGGGACUUGUUCCCAGCCCCUGAUGAGAGGGUGUGAGUGAGCGGAGGCAUUGGGGACUUGUUCCCAGCCCCUGAUGAGAGGGUGUGAGUGAGCGGAGGCAUUGGAGACUUGUUACCAGCCCCUGAUGAGAGGGUGUGAGUGAGGGGAGGCAUUGUGGAAUGGCAUUGGAGGUUUAUUCCCAGCCUGUGAUUGUGGAAUGGCAUUGGAGAUUUAUUCCCAGCCUGUGAUUGUGGAAUGGCAUUGAAGGUUUAUUCCCAGCCCCUGAUGAGAGGGUGUGAGUGAGGGGAGGUGUUGGGGACCUGUUCCCAGCCUGUGAUGAGAGGGUGUGAGUGAGGGGAGGUGUUGGGGACCUGUUCCCAGCCUGUGAUUGUGGAAUGGCUUUGGAGGUUUAUUCCCAGCCCCUGAUGAGAGGGUGUGAGUGAGGGGUGGCAUUGGAGGUUUAUUCCCAGCCCCUGAUGAGAGGGUGUGAGUGAGGGGUGGCAUUGGAGGUUUAUUCCCAGCCUGUGAUUGUGGAAUGGCAUUGGAGGUUUAUUCCCAGCCUGUGAUUGUGGAAUGGCAUUGGAGGUUUAUUCCCAGCCCCUGAUGAGAGGGUGUGAGUGAGGGGUGGCAUUGGAGGUUUAUUCCCAGCCUGAUUGUGGAAUGGCAUUGGAGGUUUAUUCCCAGCCCCUGAUGAGAGGGUGUGAGUGAGGGGUGGCAUUGGAGGUUUAUUCCCAGCCUGUGAUUGUGGAAUGGCAUUGGAGGUUUAUUCCCAGCCUGUGAUUGUGGAAUGGCAUUGGAGGUUUAUUCCCAGCCCCUGAUGAGAGGGUGUGAGUGAGGGGUGGCAUUGGAGGUUUAUUCCCAGCCUGUGAUUGUGGAAUGGCAUUGGAGGUUUAUUCCCAGCCUGUGAUGAGAGGGUGUGAGCCAGGUGUGGAGCUUUUUCCCAGCCCACGAUGACACAGUUUUCCC